CCGACAAGUCCAGGUCGACUCUCCCCACGCGCUUUCGAGUGCCAGCCAGCACCCAAACGCCGGACAGCUUGCAUGACCUCCCCUAUGACAGGCCACGCCCAAUGAUCGCGCCCGCCGGCCUGUCUGCACGCCUCCGCCAACAUACCCCUCCGCGUGCGCGCGCAUAGCUCACUCGACACCCGACUGCGGGAGACUGCCUGACGAGUCGCCAACAUGUUCGAGAAAUCGCUCUACGACCUCAUCCGGGGCCUGCGCAACCACAAGGGCACCGAGCGGGAGUACAUCAACGAGAGCAUCAAGGAAUGCCGCAAGGAGAUCCGCUCCAACGACAUGGACCUCAAGUCGACGGCGCUCAUGAAGCUCACCUACCUCGAGAUGUUCGGCCACGACAUGUCCUGGGCCGCCUUCAACAUCCUCGAGGUCAUGUCGAGCCCCAAGUACCGCCACAAGCGCACCGCCUACUUGGCCGCCGUCCAGAGCUUUCGACGCGACACAGAGGUCCUGAUGCUUGCUGAGAACCAGCUCAAGAAGGAUAUUACGAGUCCUACGCCCACCGUUAUUAGCCUGCCGCUCAUUGCUAUUCCUCACGUUAUCAAUCCGAGCAUGGCCAACUCUAUCCUGUCCGACCUCAUACCGCGCCUGACGCAUUCACACCCCGCCAUUCGCAAGAAGACGGUCGUCACCCUGUACAGACUGGCCCUUGUCUACCCGGAAACGCUGAGACCUGCCUGGCCCAAGAUCAAGGAGCGCCUGCUCGACGACAACGAGGAUGCGAGUGUGACGGCUGCCAUUGUGAAUGUCGUGUGCGAGCUGGGAUGGAGGAGACCCCAGGACUUUCUGCCCCUCGCCCCUAGACUUUUCGAGCUGUUAGUGGAUAGCAACAAUAACUGGAUGGCCAUUAAGCUCAUUAAGCUCGUACGUUGGCCUGGCACACUCUUAUAUAUUACUGACGACUCACAGUUUGCGACUCUGACUCCGUUGGAGCCACGACUAAUAAAAAAGCUCCUCCCUCCGCUGACAAAGAUCAUCCGCGAGACGUCCGCCAUGUCGUUGCUGUACGAAUGCAUAAGCGGCAUAAUUCAGGGUGGCAUUCUGGAAGCUGUCGAAGGCACCACCGAAGGCGAGGAGGUGGCAAAGCUAUGUGUGGGCAAACUACGAGGCAUGAUGGUUAUAGAAGGCGAUUCCAACUUAAAGUACGUUGCCCUGCUCGCUUUCGAGAAGAUCGUCCGCUCCCACCCAUACUUGGUGUCUCAACAACAAGACGUCAUUCUCGAAUGCAUCGACGAUCCAGACAUUUCGAUACGCAUGCGCGCGUUGGAUCUUGUGGUUGGCAUGGUCAACACCGACAACCUCACGGCUAUUGUUGGACGACUCAUGCGACAACUCCGAAAUGCGCCCAUAAUGUCCGCGACAGACGAUUCAAAAGAUGAUAGGGGUCGCAAUGUGGGAGUCGUGCCGUAUGCCGAAUCAGACGACUCUGACGCCGAGGAGUCUCUCCGGCAACACGAACAAAAUUCCAGCCAACCGCCGCCCUUACCUGAAGACUACCGCAUCAGUGUGAUUCGGAGAGUGCUGGACAUGUGCUCACGCGAUACAUACUCCAAUAUCACUGAUUUUGAAUGGUACAUUGACGUCCUGGUCCAGCUAGUCCGAGUAUCGCCUGCCACCAGAAACACCUCAACAGCGGAAGAGGAUGGAGAGCUGGAACACUCGGAUGACGUCGGCCGCAGUAUCGGACAUGAGCUACGGAAUGUCGCCGUGCGGGUCAAGAGCGUCCGCCCGGAAGUCAUCGAUGCGGCGCAAAACCUCGUUCUCGUAGACCGGAGGGACCAGAUGUUCCCAGCCUCUGGCAACGGCGGGCAGGGCGUACUCGAGUAUGCAGGUUGGCUCGUCGGAGAAUACGCAACCUACCUCACACGACCCGAGCCUGUCAUGACUUCCCUCCUCCACUCGAACUCUCUCCAGCUUCCUGCGAAAACACUUGCUGUGUAUCUCCAAGCUGUGCCUAAGGUUUUCUCGAGCAUGGCCGGCAACGACCAAAUCUCUUGGACGCCAGAGCGCAAAACUCUCAUGUCUCUCCUCAUGGCGCGCGUGAUCCACUUCCUCGAACCACUCUCCACACAUCCCAACAUCGAAGUACAAGAGCGCGCAGUCGAAUAUCUCGAGCUCAUGCGCUUAGCCGCCGAAGCCGCUUCCGGGACAGCAACCGGCGUCAACAACGGAGACUUCGCCGACCCCCCACUCCUCCUCACACAAGCCAUCCCCGCCCUAUUCUCCGGCGCAGAACUAAACCCCGUCGCACCAGGCGCGCAGCGAAAAGUCCCCAUCCCAGAGGACCUCGACCUCGACACGCCCAUAAACGCCAACCUGCACUCCCUGCUCACGCAAGCCGACACAGAAGGCUUCGAAACAGAAGAAGAAGACGACGUCUACGCCGCCUACUCCGACCCCAUCACUUCCCACACCGACACCCAGUCCCAAACCGCAACAUCCGCAUCCGACCGCCUCGACGCGCCGCACAAGGAACCAGCCUCGUAUCAAAACGCAGCAGUAGAGGAAGAAUACCUCGACCCCGAUAUCCUCGCCCGCCGCAAAGCAGACCGCAAAGAACGCUACAAAGAUGACCCCUUCUACAUCGAUCCCGACGCUGAUCGUGGCAGCGGUGCAGUCACGCCGCUAAGUCGUAUCGUGCGCGACGGAAACCGCGAGGAUAAUCCCCUGGAUAUAGAUUCCAUCCCGAUCAUGGAACUGCACCUCGAUUCCACAUCGACCCCGGACCCACGCGCCCGUAGCCCCCGCCGCCACCGUGCCGCCGUCCAAAUCACUAUGGACGAAACCCUCGGCCCGGACGCCCCGCCCCAGCAUAUCGUGCAACCCACGCCCGUCCGCGCAAAAAAGAAUCUGCUAGAAGUAGACAGCGCGGGCCUCGCUGCGCUGUCGCUGGAUGAAGAUGGGACGCGUGGCCGCGCGCUUACGCUUGCCGAGCAGGAGCGCAAGGCGGCUGAGGAGGCGGAGAUGAGGCGUGCGCUGGGGGAGGUGGAGAGGCUGAGGCUGGAGAUGCAGAGGGCUAGUGAGAGACUGCAGGGGAAGGAGGAGUAGCGUAGAUGUAGAUGUAGAUGUAGAUAUCGGCGUGGAUAGUCAGUCGUAUAUUCUCAUGAAGUGAGUGUAAUAUCAAGGAACCUUGUAACAAACUGUCUCACUUCCUCACCAUGUGUUGCAAACAUCACAUUUAUUCACGAAUAUAACACAAUACCAUAGGGAAAACCGUCUU